GAAGAAGCAGAAGGAGAGAAGGAGAAGAAGAAAAGAAGGAAACAAGCAAAAAGAAGAAAGGACAAAACAGGAACUCUGUCAACCCAGUUGUGUCGGUACUAUAGUUCGAAUGCAAGAAAACUAGUAUUCCACUCUGUUGCUUUGCUAAACAUCACAGUUUUAUCAUCAUGGUCUUUGGCGCUUACUCUGCACGUUUACGGUGUGAUUCAGAUCCUGACAUCUCCCAAAGGCUUGUUAACUGAUUUAAGAUGGACCACUUUAACGAGCCAAGCUAGCCUGGCUAGUUAAUCUCUCUAAUUCUUAGCCAAAAUCAGUUAGCGCUACGCUAGCUAAGCUAACGCUACACCCGAGCGAGCUGUUUUUAGCUAAGUUUAGUUAGCCUGACGAACAUGGCGGUUGUUUCCGGCUCUUGUGUUAGGCUAAACGGGUCCAGAAACGGGCCGUCUGUUCCAGCCACACCUUCAGGAGCAGUCGGGCAAUCUCAGCCCAUGGUAGUCGUAUGGGAAUGGCAAGAUGAUGUUGGCUACUGGCGGCCGUACAGCGGCCAAGUCAGCAGCUAUAUCGAGCGGUGCCUGUCUCCCCGGGGCCAGAGAGGAGGGGGUCCCGGAUCCACGAGCAUCAGCCUCGGUCAGUCGGACCCCAGUCUGUCACCUUAUCUCAUAGACAUCCCGAGCUUGAAACAGUUUCGGCAGGAUACAGGAAAGACGCGAGCAGUACGUCGAUCGCUGUUUGCCCAGUCCUCAGGCCUUGGCAGCGGUGUCUUCUGGGAAUGGGCCAACGAUGAGGGAGGGUGGACGCCAUACGAGACUCGCACCUCCAUCCUAUUGGAGCACAGCUACCAAGCUGGCCAAGGCACAGCAGAUUUGAGCCCACAUGGAUAUAAUUACAUAGUGGAUCUUCAAUCUUUAGCCCAAGUUAACAAAACUACAGGUUUCAGAAGGCAGGUGCGACGGCAGCGGAAUCUGCCAUAUCCACUAUCCUCUUCUGGCCCUCCGGCCAUCCCCUCAGGCCCUGCCUGCUCCUGUCAGCAGUGUCUGAGCCAUAGCAGCACAGGGCCCAUGCCUAGCCGCUCUCGUCACUCCUUCUCAUCAGGGCAGCUGAUUCGGCCCAGCCUUCAGGGGACAGGGAGGGCCGCUACGGCUCACCCCACCUCGGUCUACUCACCCUAUCCCAGGAGGCCCCUCUCGGUUGGUGGCAUGUCUUGGGGCAGCCCUUGGCCCCCACCGCCCUCUAGCAGUCAACUGUCUGGGGCUCCGACAGCCAGCUCUGCUAGCACUAAUGGACUGAGCGUUCCUGCCAUCUCUGUCCACCUGAAUGGAUCAACCAGCGUGAGCUCUGCCCUGGCAGGCAUGGCUUCCAUUUUGAUGUCAGCAGUGGGACUCGGCGUGCACUUCACCAGUGCUCCCCUCCCUCAGCAGCAGCAGCAGCAGCCUGCUCCUCUCUCUCUUCCUCCUCCUCCUCCUCUCCUGGGCCCCGGCAACAGGCCCAGCAAAGCCCACAGCAGCACCAGCAGCAGUUCAGUUAGGAGGGCAAAGAGGCAGCACAGGAGAGCCUCGGCUCAGAGACCUGAGGAGGUGAUUCAGCGCUACAUGGAACAUGUUGCUGUGGUGCCAGAUGAGGAUUGCAUCAUCUGCAUGGAUCCUCUGUCCAAUCCUUCUGGCUAUGAGAUGGUGUCAUCAGAGGAUGGAGCCCAAAGCAUCCUGCCAGACACAGUGGGCAGGUUCAUAAAAUGUGGACACACCCUGCACAUGCUCUGCAUGCUGGCCAUGUACAACAAUGGAACAAAGGAUGGCAGCCUCCAGUGCCCUUCGUGUAAGACCAUCUAUGGAGAAAAAACUGGCACCCAGCCCAAAGGCAAGAUGGAGAUUUACAGCAUCGCCCAAUCACUGCCUGGCCAUCCCGACUGUGGCACCAUCCAAAUCAUCUACAGCAUCCCCCCUGGUAUACAGGGUCCUGAGCACCCCAACCCAGGGCAGCCAUACACCUGCAGAGGCUUCCCCCGCUUCUGCUUCCUCCCAGACAAUGAGAAGGGCAGGAAGGUGCUGGAAUUGUUGAAGGUGGCGUGGAUGCGGCGUCUCAUCUUCACUGUGGGGACGUCCAGCACCACUGGCGAGCCGGACACGGUGGUGUGGAAUGAGAUUCACCACAAGACGGAGAUGAUGUCCAACCUGUCCGGCCACGGCUACCCUGACCCCAACUACCUGGACAAUGUCCUCUCUGAGCUGGCCUCUCAGGGCGUGACAGACGACUGCCUCCAACUGCCAAGCAGUAGCUAGGAGGAGGCACCCGAGCCUUUCGGACUGUCCCACCUCACUAUUCACUGACCACUACCGCCUCUCUCCCAGAGAGGGAAAAUGAAAUGAUUCAACUGUCAAAACCCACACGUUCUGGUUUGUUUUUAUUUUUAUUAUAUUUAACGUCAGUGUCACAUCAAAUCUCUUUACCAUGGGGGCGCCCCGGUGGCUCGCCUGGUUGAGUCUGUACCACAUAUGUGGCUGAGUCCUUGCCGCAGUGGCCUGGGUUCGAAUCUGGCCUGGGCCCUUUGCUGCAUGUCGUCCCCUCUCUCUCUCCUGCCUUUCCUCUCUCUCUCUCUCUCUAUUCAAUAAAGGUGGAAAAUGCCACAAAAAAAAAACAAAAACAAAAACAAAAAAAACACCUCUUUACCACUAUGGAUGCUAAAUAAGGGAAGGGUAAAAGUGAGCUCAAUAGAAGUCCAACAGCCUCCUCGAGUUAAUGUUCUACAGAAAAAGGGCACCGUGCAGUGUGGCGACCUGAGAUUAUGUUCCCCAUCAUUUGUGCAUGUUAUAUAUUACAGCACACUGAAACUGUGAGCACAGACGACAAACGGGGCUCCGUUAGACUCUUGAGCGUGACUCUGGUAUCGCCCCAAAUUGUAGUUUGUGCUGCUUCUCUUCCACGGAGAGCCACACUCGCAUCCCUUUAUCUGGCACCAUGAAAAUGGCAGCUUACACGAGGAAUAAAAAUAUCAUGGAGCACUUUAGGUCUUACAGUGCAUUCAAAUAGCAGGAUUUGUGAUCUCCAAUGUCAAGGGUGGUUGAUUUGUUUUCUAAUUGGGAAAUUAUGCAAUGAGUAUGUGUUAAAGCAUCGUUUUUACACGGACACACUGAAAAUUCUAUAAAAGUAGCAAGGUGAGUAUGUGUUGCAUAUACCUAAUUGAUGGGAAAAGGCAAUACUUUGUAAAUAUAUAUAAAAAAAACACCUAGGAAUAAAACACUGUAAAAAUGAGUCAUGUGUUCACAAAUGCCAGUUCAGGAACAUGCAUUCAAAUGUAUGUCAGUGAUACCUGUGUUUUUAAUGAAUGCUCGUAAUGACCAUAUGUUUUGAUUUAAUUCGCUAAUUUGAUAAGUCAGAUGUUCAAUGCAAUCACAUGGUGAUUUAUUCAUGCUGUAGUAAGUGGUUGGUUAGAAAUUCUAGGGUCAUUAUUUUUGCCAUUCAUAACCUUGGUUUGUGUUGCCAUUUUAAAUGACGACAGAUAAGGUUAUUUAGAUUACAGCUUGACUACUUCAACCUUUCUUUCCAGUGGAUCAAAUGGGAUAUUGUGGAAAAAUCGAACAGGCAGAGCUGCUGGUUUAGUAAAUUUUACAGUGUGACAAUCAGAUUCAUAAAAACGUCGCCCACAAGGCUCGUCUUGAUUAAACGAGACACAGCUUGGAAAUGUUAAACCAUGUUACUCUGCCUGUGAUAUUGCAGUACAGUUUGUUAAACUGAGUCUUACAAUGUAUGCAAGCAUAACUGAAAAAAGGUCUCUGCAAUAAAGAACCCGUAAUAU